GGCCACAAACUGUAUAUGAUCCCUUCAGGAGCAGCUGGGUUUGAAGAGUAGUUCCCCAAUAGAAGCUCUCACAAUGAAAUACACCACGAAGGGUCUUUGAGAGAAAAUCCUGAACAUUUUUUAGUUUUUGCAAUAGAAGCUUAACAAAAAUUAGCAUUUUAAUUAAUAUCCUGAGAAUUGCGGCCAAAUACUUGCCUAACAAAACUUAUUGCUUGAGACUAAUUAAUCUUAUUUCCAGAGAAUAUGAACCGUUUUUAAACUUUGAAUAGAGGAUGCAGGACCUUACAGAAGUAAUCCGAGUGACUUCGUCAAUUGCAAAGCUAUCAUAUUGAAGGAUACUAGGCUUCAUAGCUCUGUUUCUCUUGAUACAAGUUCUAAUAAAUGUCUCAAUAUUUGCCAAAUAAAGAGGAGUAUGAUAUCGGAUACAUUGCCUUGACGAUUAUCUGCAUCCUAAUGUACAUUUUCACUUCGUUCAAGAGUCCUGGUCAUAUUGUCCUGAAAAACAAGGAAUUCAGCGACCAAAUGAAAGCAGUAGAGAUAAAGAUGAAAAAUGGGGAUAUCAGUUACCUGCCAACAACAGCCGAUAUGAAAAUGAAUGCUAAAGAUGAUAAGAAGAACUUAAACCAUGCUAGGAAAACAUCUGUUCUGACCAAGACCACCCAGAUCGGACAUCAUAAACGGAGAAGAGCAGCAGAUAUCCUCACAGAUAAUGGAAAGGUCACACCGAAAGAGAAAGCAAUAAAGUACACAAAGUUUAUUGACGAAACCGAGCUCGGCUCUGUAACCGCCAGGAGUAAUUUUAGUAAUAUUGAAACUCAAAACAAUCCAAAUAAGAGGAAGAAGAUCAUAGGGAAGUUUAGCCCAAGACCUCCUCUGCCUAAGUCUGCCAAUACUACACCUAGAAUGGAGAAGACUUUGAAGCUAAAGGAAGCGAACCCAACUGAAGAUCUUGGCUUGAAUAAAUUACAGGCUUUUCAGAAUUCACCUAUCCAAACAGUAGCUUCUGAAGUUUGUGGCCUUGAAGAUAUAGAAGAGAAUAAAUUAGAGGUAUUCUUUGAUACAAAAACAAUUCAAAAUACAGAAGUUGAAGUAGAAAUUAAGAUCAAACCUGAAACUUCACAUAAGGAAUCCUACUGAAGCGUCUGAAAGGUACCUCAGCCACUCAGGACAAUCCAUUGAUACACUUGUAGAGCUUGAGUCUGAUGCUAUGACCACCAUUCUUAUUUGAUAGGGACUUGUGUAGGGGAGUAUAAUCGAAGAGAGCACUUCUUUCUUCUCAUCCUCCUACUCACUCAAUGAAUGAUGGCAUUACAUAAGGUCUUUAUGCAGUUAGACAGCCAACUUAUUUUCCCAUUUUCAGUCGUAAUGUGAAUUGUGUUUUCAAGUUUGUUCCUAAUAUUGUCUAUCCCAUGACUUUUAAUACUCAUACUACAUCAGAUGUAUAUGGUAAUUUUCAACUGGACAAUUCACGAGAAAUAUUAUUCCAAAUUGAGUUACCUAGCAAAGACUCAAUAUGCCACUUCAAACCCAUGGAAGUCCUUCUUUUGUUACAUAAAGUCUCCCUUCAGCAAAGGAAUCUGAGGUAAUUUCAGUGACUUCUUCUGUAAAUGAAGAUACAGGGUCACAGAAUGGAAGUAUAUGAAAGCUGUUGAGAUUAAAGAGUAAUUCAAUAUUCCCCAAAUGGAUUG